CACACACUUUCCAUGGCAAUACCGAUAGUUUGGCGCGCUUUUCGGACGUUCCGGAGGGUGUGUUGGUCUCAAUUCUGACGUCUGUCAUCAAUUUCCGUUGCUCUGCGCUCAGUUUCAUUUGAAGUUCUGAAAAGGGGCAGAAAAAGUGCAUCACUUGCAAUUUUGGCGUGAUUUCGUAAGAUUUGGCAAAGAAGAGGCUGCAAAAAUUCGCACAGUAUUCACCGAAGAGCAAUGGCGCCGGGAAGGAAGAAACUUCCAGUAUUCGUGACUGAAUGCUUCAGGAUUAGCUUUGAGCUGGAGGUGAAUCGCUUCCUCAGCAGCAAUGAGAUGGAAUUUUCAUUCCCAAGCACUCUCACGCGUGAAAACAGGGCAUUUAUCCAUGAGUAUGUGAAGACAAAGGGACUAACCUCAAAAUCCAGGGGAAAAACUCAAAGGGUACUGACAAUCUACAAGCCCAAGAAGAAUGCCUCGAGGCGGCAGAAGAGUGUUUUUCACAUUGCAAAGCGAACGAGGAGUGCCAUUUACAGUCUGCUGAACUUCUGCCCCGUGACGCCGCAGGAAGUGGAGGAGCUGAAGGCCAGGAACACGGGCACAGUGAUCAGCAGGAAUCAGUUCAAUGUCGGCACACUGACGCAGGGCUAUCUGGUGGUGCCGCCCGCCGCUCAGGACGGCCACGUGAGACAGAUACGGCGCCAGCUGCCGAUUUUCCAGAAGCGCUCUGCCAUUCUGAGCCAGAUUGCGAGCAGCCAAACCAUCGUGAUUGUGAGCGAGACGGGCUCUGGGAAGACCACACAGGUGCCGCAGUAUCUGCUGGAGAACGCCACGGAGCUCAACACACCGUGUCGCAUCGUCUGCACGCAGCCCAGACGUCUGGCCGCCUUGUCCGUGGCGGACAGGGUGGCGUUCGAGCGCGGCGAGCAGCUGGGCGACAGCGUGGGCUACCAGAUCCGCUUGGAGAGCAGGACCAGUCCCACGUCGAAUCUCAUCUACUGCACGAAUGGCAUCCUUGUGCGCUGCCUGAUGGGCGGCCACUACCAGAAGGUCUUCAGCAACAUCACUCACGUGAUUGUGGACGAGGUGCACGAGCGCGACAAGCACUCGGACUUCCUCCUCAUCUCGUUGAAGGAGGCCCUGGCCGUGAAUCCCAACCUCAGAGUCAUCCUUAUGUCCGCCACGAUCGAUGCGCAGCUCUUCUCCGACUACUUCUUCAACUGUCCGGUGAUCGACAUUCCGGGCAGGCUGCACGAGGUGACGAACUACCACCUGGAGCACGUGCUGAUGAUGACGGAGUACUGCAAGAGCGAGAUGGGCACGGUGCACAGCAAGGCCGUGAAGGGGCCGCGCACGUGUGAAGGCGGCGCCGAAGAGGCGCUCGACGAGGAGACAGUGAAGUUGAUCAACGAGAGUCUGGAGUUGUGCUGGACGCAGUGCGAUGAGGACAGCUUCCAGCAGUUCCUAUACUUUGUGGCCGGGGAAAAUGUGCCGAUUGACUUCAGACACACCGAGACGGACAUGACGGCUCUCAUGAUUGCGGCCGGACGAGGAAUCGAAGAAUUCGUGGAGAUCCUCUUGCAGAUGGGCGCCAAUCCUCACAUCAUGUCUCAGCAUGGCAUGAACGCCAUUGAUUGGGCACGCCAAAUGGGCCAUCAGAGCUGUGUUGGUCUGCUUGAGGCCGCGGCGCUUAGCUUCACGAGCGCCGUUGACACCGGCGUGAAAAUCAAUGAUGAAUACACGGAAUUGCUGCUCGACGUGUAUCAGAAGAACCCGCGCGCUUCCGACGAGGACGUCGAUCACUGUCUCCUCUUCACAUUGAUCUGCAUGAUUCACGCGGAAAAGCCACCGGGAAGCAUUCUGAUCUUCCUGCCAGGCUACGAGUCCAUCGUCAAGCAGAACGAAAUGAUCUGCGAGGCUGUGAACGCGGGUGAAAUACGAGGGAACGUGAGAAUUUUCAUGCUGCACAGCAACAUGAAGGUGAACGAUCAGAAGGCGGUGUUCGAGAGAAUGCCGGGCGAUUACAGAAAGAUCAUCCUGUCCACGAACAUCGCCGAAACGUCCAUCACGAUUGACGAUGUCGUUUACGUUGUUGAUUGUGGGAAAGUGAAGCAGACGACAUUCGAUGCUCUGUGCGGCACGACGAGCCUCGAGACGACGUGGGUGAGUCAGGCGUGCGCGCAGCAGCGCGCCGGACGGGCGGGCAGAGUGAGGAAGGGCAUCUGCUACAGGCUGUACUCCAUGGCGAGGUACGCGAUUAUGGACAAGUUCACGAUUCCCGAGUUGCUGCGUGUGCCGCUGACGGAGAUUUGCCUGAGUGCGAAGCUGAUUGCGCCGCAGAGUGCCAUCGGUGACUACCUGGAGAAGGCGCUUCAGCCGCCGGCGGCGAUGAGUGUACGCCGCAGUGUGGCUCUAUUGAAGACAAUGGGAGCGCUGAAUGAGGAGGAAACCAUCACGGAUUUGGGCAUGCAUUUGGCAGACUUGCCCAUUGACGCUCACUUGGGGAAGAUGGUGAUCUUUGGCAUAUUGAUGAAGUCUCUGGAUCCAAUUCUCACAAUUGUCGCCGCACUGUCGGUGAGGGAUCCUUUUGUGUUGCCCACAGGAGCGUACGACAGAGCGCGUGUGACGGUUGUGCGUGAAAACUUUGCCGAGCAGUCGUUCAGUGAUCACAUGAUCCUGAUCAGGAUCUAUCAGAAGUGGCUGGACACGCCGGUGAACAAGAGGCGGCAGUUCUGCGAGCAGAAUUUCCUCAGCAUGGGCGCCAUGCAGACAAUCUGUGGCGUACGAUCACAGAUUCUGGGCCACUUGAGGGCCACUGGGCUGAUCAAGAGCAAGGGCAAGGGCAGCAUUCACGAUGUCAAUCAGAAUGCACGCCACUGGGCGGUGGUUAAGGCGUGUCUCGUGGCUGGACUGUAUCCCAGUGUGGCCGUGAGGGAUGUGAGGAAUGCACCAGCACUGCGCGCGACGGAGAACCAGGAGAAGGUGCUGCCGCAUCCACACAGUGUGCUCGGCGCGAAGCGACCGCCGGACACGAAGUUGAAGAUCAAGAGCUUCCCAACGGAUUGGGUGGCGUUCGAGGAGAAGGUGCGCGUUGGUUCUUCCGCCUUCACGCGUUGCAACACUGUGAUCACGCCCAUCACAGUAGCACUCUUCGCCGGUGACAUUUACAUCAAUGAGGAGAGGAAUUUGGUUGCCGUGGAAGCGCCAGAUUCUGACUCUGAGCAGGAGUUUGACGCGGUAGGAUCGGGAAGUGAGGUGAUCUUUCGUGUGGAUGAUAACAUUGAAUUUACACUCAUGGAUGAGACGGCGUAUUUGAUCUUCCACUUGAGACAGAAGCUCAACCAUCUCCUCCUGGCGCUCAUUCAGAUGCCGGACAACUUCCACUUCAUCACCAACACGCGCGAAGGGAAGAUCAUCGACACCAUUGUUGAUGUUCUCAUGACUGAAGAGAGGCAGAGCACAUUUCCCAUUCCCGAUGGCAUUGGUACGCGUCCGCAGGCGAUUUCGCUCGACUUCUCAGCGGAGAUGAAUCAUGGGAUUCAGGAGAGGAGCCGAUCGUCACAACCAAUCCAGUGGAAUCUGAGUGAUGCCAUGAGGGAUUUGAGAGUCACCACGAGGUCGUCCAGUAACAGGAAGUUGCCGAGAAAGGGAAGGAAGAACAGCACUAAGACGCCGUCCAAAGACAUAAAAUAUUACUUGAUCAAAGCCGCGUCCACGGAGGAAGUUCUAUGGGUCAUGGAGGGAUUCGACUGGUGUUUCUCGUUGCAGAUUUUCAAUUAUCUCAAGCAAUGUCUCAAGAAGUUCCCGGAAUCGGAGAUUUAUCUCAUCUUCCACGUUGGAAGCGCACAGCAGUUCUACUGCAUGGGCAGAUUUGUGUUCAGAGGAGGAAAGCAUCUCGUAGACAUGGUUCAAGCGGGCUCAGUGAACUUCCGCACCAUGCGCGAGAUGGUGAAGCGUCAGAAGGCGGCGUCAUUCAACUGGAAUGACGGCGAAGAGUUGUCCAAGGAGAUUGGCGAAUUGUUCGCGCAAAUGCUCAGCACCACCGAUAAUGGAAAGUGAUUUCUCAAAGUGAUCUCCACGAAAGGCGAUGUGACUCAUUAAUUUGAAAAGUACCUUGAAUUGAUUUUAAGUUGCACAUUGAAGAUAUUUUAGUUGAAAUUUGUAUGUAUUUUUUCUUAAUUCUCCUUGUUUUUAUUCCUUUUCAAUAUGAUUUGAUGAAGAGUCUGGCGUUGAGAAGUGAAUUUUUAGAUAGAUGAAAUAAAAACUUUGAUGUGAGAAUAAAUUGUACAUAUACAUAUUUACUGGCGAGGGCGAUUUGAUGGCUACUUGUGUGUUUCUGUUGAAUUGACUCAGCAACUUUC